UCGCGGAAGUUGUCAAAACAUUGAUUAGCAGAAAGGGAUGGUGGAUUUGUCUUCAGAUAUCGACUGGAAAAUAAUAUUUACAGUCAUCUUUAUUAUCGCUCUUUAGUCCAGGACGUUUAACAUGGAAGAUGAAUGGGAAGAGGAGGAGCAGCUGGUUGUGGUGGAGCUCUCUGGUAUAAUCAGCAACGACUUUCUGUCCAAGUGUCGGGGCACAUGUAAAAUACUUGAUAUUGACAGCGAGAAGCCCAUGAUGCAGGUUGGCCAGUAUGUGUUUGCAGGGGAAUAUGAAGAUGCAUUGGGAACUUGUGUGCUGUUUGAGGAGGGACCAGAGAAACGAAAGGCAGACAGUGCUCCGGAGCUCAAGUACAUGUGUCACACCGUGAAGAAACUGAUGAUGCAACGAAUCUUCCUCACUGACAAGAAAGAGGGUGAAACCAGCACAGGAAGUGGGGAUAGUGGUGAGCAGAAGGAAACAACCUGUCUGUCCAAUCAAGAAGAAAAUGCCAUCCAACAGGGAGAGACAGAUCAACAUAAGGACAACACAGAUUUGAAAGGCUCAGCAGUGGGCUGAGAACUCCCUAAACAAGAGUAGAAACACUAGCAUGUGUGAAGCUGUGAAGGUACUCUGUGUCUGAAACAGACAAUUCAAAGACUGUUGGAUUUGUAUAGUACAGCAAUGAGUAGAGGUGUCAGUGAUACUGUUGGUCUUGCGCAAUGUGUCACAGUCCUUUUCGAGAAACCGAGCUAAUGCCUCUACUUCACUAAACCUCAAAAUCAGUUAAUUUAAUAUUAAAUGAACAACAUGAAUGCUAAAUGACACCAAAAGGGAAAAGAGACUUUUACAAAUCCUCAUGUAACUCCAUUCCUUUAGGAUAUAUACAUAUAGGAGGUGUCUUUAGAAGAGCAGUUACAGGAAUGUGGUGGGGGCAGGAAGUGUAGCUGCAGGAAGUCCUGUGAUUAUGCUUCCCCAAUAUCAGUUUUUGUUUCCACUGAUUAAUAUAAAUAUUUAACAGCAGAGGGAGAAAAAUCUGCUUGAGCUGCAAGGUUAUAGUCGAGAUGGGCUCAUUGGAUAAUGAGCCACGUAUACGUUUAAAGAAGUGGGAAGAAUACUUGACUUAAAAGUAUGCAGUCCAUAUGUAUCUGAUUUGUGAUAAAUUGGUUUCAUCAGCACUUCUUUGACUAUUGAUUUGCAAUGUUAAAGGUGAAAGAAGUACAGACUUUUUAUUUGUUAAUUAAACUAAUUGGGCUCAGUGAACACAUCUUCAUUAAAACAAUCUUUGUUGCCAGAGUGUGGGGCUGUGUCCUUUCUUGUUCUGUUUUUACAGAAU